CAGAGACACCGAGAGGAGGACGAACCGCAGACAUGGAGGAGCUUCUGUUACCGGGCGCAGAGGAGGAGGCCCGAUCCGAACACAGCUCGUAUGUUCCGGGAGACGCGGAGAAGACGAUGUGGGGCCGAGGGAAGACUUUCCUCCGGGUGACGGUGAAGGACGAGCUGUGGGGGACCGUCCGGGACUUCUUAAAGAGGAACGGGCUGCUGACGCUGUCGGUGAUCGCGGUGCUGACCGGCUGCACGCUGGGCUUCAUGCUGCGAGGAACCCAGCUGUCCACACAGGCAAAGAUCUACUUCUCGUUUCCUGGCGAGCUGCUGAUGAGGAUGUUGAAGAUGCUCAUCCUUCCUCUCAUCACGUCCAGUUUGAUGUCCGGUCUGUCGUCGAUGGAGUCGAAGGCGUGCUGUCGGAUGGGCGUCCUGACCGUCACGUACUACCUGUGGACCACCUUCAUCGCUGUGGUGGUCGGCAUUUUGCUCGUCAUCAUCAUCAAGCCCGGCGUCGGGACGGAGAUGGACAGUAACCGGCUGGGCGGCGGGCCCGUCAUGACCUCGGCCGACGCCCUGCUCGACCUCAUCAGGAACAUGGUUCCCUCCAAUCUCAUCGAGGCCACGUUUCAGCAGUACAAAACAGACCUGAUUCCCAUCCUCAAAGUCCCGACCAGAACCAUCCAGCCCAACUUUGUCUAUGUGGUCCCAGAUGACAGCGACCCUAAAGGUCGGACGGUGUACCUGGAGCUGACCCCGCCUCCGGAGAUCAUGUACAAGACGAGUCCCGGCAGCAGCCAGCAGAUGAACGUCCUCGGCAUCGUCAUCUUCUCUGCCACCAUGGGUCUGCUGCUGGGCAGGAUGGGAGAGCGAGGAGCUCCUCUGGUCAACGUCUGUCAGUGUAUCAACGAGUGCGUCAUGAAGAUCAUCAACGCCGCCGUCUGGUACUUUCCAUUCGGAAUCAUCUUCCUGGUGGCAGGAAAGAUCCUGGACAUGCAGGACCCGAGCACGCUGGGGAAGAAGCUGGGCUGGUACGGCAUCACCGUGCUCGCUGGCCUCUUCGUCCACGGACUCAUCCUCCUCCCGCUGUUCUACUUUAUCCUCACCAAGAAGAACCCCUUCUCCUACAUCCGAGGGCUGCUGCAGGCCAUGGUGAUCGCCUUGGCCACCUCCUCCAGCUCUGCCACGCUGCCCAUCACCAUGAAGUGUUUGUUGGAAAACUGCCACGUUGACCGACAGAUCGCCCGCUUCGUCCUCCCUGUGGGCGCCACCAUCAACAUGGACGGCACGGCGCUGUACGAGGCAGUGGCGGCCAUCUUUAUUGCUCAGAUCAAUGACUAUGAGCUGGACUUUGGACAGCUGGUCACCAUCAGCAUCACAGCUACAGCUGCUAGCAUCGGUGCAGCAGGGAUUCCUCAGGCCGGUCUGGUUACCAUGGUGAUCGUACUGACAUCAGUGGGCCUGCCGCCAGAUGACAUCACGCUCAUCGUGGCCAUCGACUGGAUCCUCGACAGGUUUCGGACCAUGAUCAACGUCCUGGGCGACGCUCUGGCAGCUGGAAUCAUCGCUCACCUCUGUCGGAAAGAUUUCCCCCUCAGCGGAGAAGGAAAGCCGGUUCCGUCUUACGGUACGCAGACUCCUCACAACAACUCCCACAGCGUCGACGUGCCGAUGACGGAGAUGCACACUCACAAAGACUGCAUGUUCGAGGCGAUGGGCGACUCAGUGAGCGAGAGGAACGCACACACCGUCUACUACAACAUCUGUCAGGUGUGACCGGUCCGAACAGAGCGGCUCGAGUCCGGGAGAGUCGGGUCAGAUGGAGCGUGGAGAAGAGAUGGACUCUGUGGAAACAGAACUCGAAUCUUCUUCUGAACAGGACGGGACAGCGAGCAGCAGAGUCCAGGCUCAGUUUCACAUCAGCACCAGGACGUUUGGACAGGAGCUUCUUCUGACACUCACUGGCGACCACGACAUCUUUGUAAUGAAGAACAUCAACACAAACUAGCAAGACAGCCUGGAUCAAAAAGAGGAGGAUUUCACUCAAUAUCAAAGACUGACGCCAAAAAACGUGAUGAACAGGAGGCUGAUCUGCACCAGAGGAUUAUGGGUAUAUGAAUCCUGGGAGAACCUGCAGGUUCCUCAUCUGGUCUGAACACUUCUCAGAACCUGCAGAGAGGAAGUUACAUCAUCUGCUGGUUCAAAGUAAUAAGAGAGUUUUUAGACUUUAUCAUUGAUUAAAAUGUCAGCUGUUCAUGAGCUGCAACAAGGAAACCAGCAGCACCUGGAUCAUCACCUGCCCGUCAGCAUUCAGACUUUAAAGCACUCAGAAAUCUGCCAAAUCUGGACUGUUUUUCAAAAGAUAACAGAGACGGUUUAAGGAACCACGUCGGAUCACGCUGGGUGAAUUUAAUAACUCUGCAGUAAAAUCAACACUGAUCAGUUUGGAUCUCAAACAUCUGCAUCCUGAAAAGUCCACAGACAGUUUUAUGUGGUUUAUCUUGGACGAGCGUCUUCGUGCUGCUGUUGGUUCUGAAACACUUCCCUCCACAGGUUUCACUCUCUCAGGUGUUUCUUUGUAACAAACCUUCGACUGAACUCUGCAUUUGAUUGGCUGGUGCUCACUCUCUCCUGUGCUCAGACUGGUUGAAGGGUUAAAGGGUAAUCCGUCCAAUCCAAAUCCAAGUGCUCUUCAUCCUGCAGACUCACUCUUCUUCUUCCUCUUCUGUUUGUAUUUGACAGCAUGCUGGCAUGCGUUCUAACUGGCUUCAUUUGAAGUCCACGUGCAUUAUUUUCUUCUUGUUGUUGUUUUUACUUGAUCGUUGCAAAGUAAACAAAGUGCUGUAGGGAUUAUGGGAAUUUGACCAAUGUCAAUGCAGCUAACGUGAACAGAUGCUAGCUCUGGUUCAGUUUGUCUCAUGCCUCUUGUCGGUCUACAAAAAGCUCAGAAUGGAUUAUGUUACCUUCCAGUGAUGAACUGAUCGUGUGAGGAGUCACAGAACUGAACGUCUUCUCCACGAUAAGUCGUUCUCUUGCCAAUCAAGCAUCUGACAUGUUUCUGAGAUGAUGACAAAUACACACAGUUCAUUACAUUAGAUUUGAUCAUUUAUCUGCAGAAAGUGUCAAGUUGAUUUUCACAGAGAGCUUAAAAAACUCAAACCAACAGGAGUUCUUGAAGAUGAUCUGAUUUGUUCAGGAUGGAUUCAAAUUCUCUGUUAAUGUCACACGAUGUGUAUGUUACAUGAUCUGUAGUUAAGUGGCUGGAAGACAUGGAAGACAUGAGCUCACUUAUAACAAAUGUUUUUUUUAUCUUGUUGGUGAAGUGCCCCUUGAACUUCUCUCUGAUCAGCUAGUUGUGUGUUUUCAGUAGACCUGCCUUAAUCUCACUGAUCACUCUGUCGCUGUUUUAAUCCACGAACCUCAACGUUCCUCUGCCAACACACCACGUCAGCCGGACAAGCACCACACAAUCACACUCCAUCAUGUACUGCACAUACUUCUGCUGUUGUUUUUUAUAUGAUGUGUUUUUGGAUUAUGUGUAAUUAUUGUUUAUUUGUAUUUGAAAAUAAACACUGUUAAUAUUCUCCCUGUGAUCCUGUGUUUACAGUGCUCAGCGAGAUCCAGGAUGUGUUUAGCCUGGCUUAGCAUCAAGACUGGAACCAGGUGGAAACUGUCACAAACAAACAGCUGAUCCUCCCACAGGGAGCUGAAGCCACGCCCCUUUCUCAUGGGACCUUAUUUCAGAAAAAAACCUUAAUGACACAAAUCAAACAUGAUCAUUAAAUGAUUAAUCUCUCCAUUCACCACCACAGAGAGGUUUUAUCCAUAGACAUGUGAACAUAUAUUUAUAUAUGUCUGGUUUUAUCAAUAAGGUCCAUGGGGGACCAGAGGGGGCGGGGCUUCGGUGCUGUAAAGAAAUGACGUAUUUUCAGUCUAAUAUUUCUUCAGUUUUAUGACUGAAACUUUCUCAAUUUGGAAAAUUAUCUUAAAAAUAAUAAUCAUGUGUGAAUGGUGCCACGGUUCAAACUGGGUCCAAACGGUCGGUCUCCUCCUUCUCGGACGGAACAAUGCGAGCCGUCCCGCCAUUUUGACACUGUUCUCCCUCCGCUCUUCUUGUCCCGCUGGCCUGUAAUGGACCCGGCCGAUGGUGCAGGUGUGUGUAUGUGACACAGGUUGGCUGGAGGAGACAGGUGUGCGCGCAGGUAAAAUGUCCGGCUGACAGAAGCUGCUGCGGGGCUAACGUUAGCUAACUGCGAGCUAGUAGCCUGCGAUUCUCAAACGAGUAGAGGUCGAGCUGUAGCACAGGAGGCACUACCUGUUGUGUGACUGUAUAUAAUCACAGGAAAGGCUUCAUCUCAUCUCAGCCGCUGUCUGACUUCUUAGUUAACUCAAACUGAAGGCGGUCUCUCAUUUCCGCGCAGAGCUUCACGCUGGCAGCAGGCCGGCGGUCAGCCCGGCGACCAGCAGCAGGUUGUUUUUGGCCCAUGAGGCGAUUUUCUCCAGGCAGCCGAUGGUGAAGACGUCCUGACGGGCCGAACGCUCCUCCAGCUGCUGCAUCCCGUAACCACACAUGGUGUUCAGCACCGUCUGCAGAGGAAACAACACGCCACUGAGAAGUGAGAAAUGUUUAUGGCCCUUUUCUUUGUGAAUGGAAGUGAUCAGCAGAACGUAGUUUUGGUUCUGACCUGGUUCUGUAGUUGCACACAGCAGGAGAAGGGAACUCCACAGGCCUCCAGGCUGGGGUUGGUGUCUGAACACUUGAAGUAGACGUUGUGGGACCAGUCCUUGUAGCUCUCCACUCCACAGCACUGAAACUGAAACACAGCGAACCAUCAGUACAGCACCAACAAGCCCGACGGUCCUCCGUCACCGGGUCAUCUCAGACACGGAUCACUCUGCUGCUUCUUCACCUUCUUCUGGAUGAAGUCGAUGGCGUUCUCCAGGUCCUGGUCCUCCCUGUAGAGGACAAUGGCCUUCGUCAUCAGCUUCUCCGUCCUCUCCAUCACCUGAACAAAAACAGCAUCAUUGGUUCAGAGAAAGUCACCCGGCUGCAGGAAGUGAUGUCUACAUUUCUUUUAUGUUUGCUGAUGUCAUCAGUGUGAGGUCACCUUGUCAGUGAAGAGAUAUCCCACAACUCCAGCAGCGAUCUGCAGGAGGAGGAUGGCCGUCAGGAUCCCCAGAAACUACAGGAACCAAACACAUGACCUGAACAGUCAGAGCUCGGCAGCAUCGAUCAAUCAACAUGUAACACUGAACCCUGGAGAUAUCAGAGCUCAGUGAUCAACUGAUCAGCGAUCAAUCAUACCGUCUUCAGCAGGCAGGUGGCGUUACGUAGCGCCCCGAAACAGCCGAGGAACGUGAUGAGAAACAUCACGGAGCCGACGAUGAUCAACAGCAGAGCUGGAUCCAAUGUCAGGAUCCCCACUGCUGUGAGGACGGCGCUCACAACCUGCAGAGUCACAGAGUCACAGGUGAUGAUGAAGCAGACAGAAGGUUCUCUUUUUAUGAAGUGAGGCUAACAGCUCCCACCUGCCUCCAGUCUUUGUGCUAAGCUAGGCUUAACACAUCCUUGACUUGAUGUCAAUAACUCUGCAUUAGGACGACAACACUGUGCUGAAACUGUGUCGGUGCAGGCGUGUCUCUACAGGUACAGGUGAGAAGAUGAAAUACUGAACUUGACGAUGUGCUGACCCACAGAACAAGACGCUGUCAGUGCACAGAACCACUUCCAAGAAAAGUCUGAGGAAUGUAAAGUUAUAAUGUCUCUUUGUCUGUGAGUUACAUGUCAGUGACCUGUUUCCAUAAUCAUUGUUAAAUGAUGGAAGUCCAGUUCUGCCAGAGGAGUUCUGGAUGAUAGAGUCCAACUAGUCGUGUUCAGUCAGUGUGAUCAGAUCAGAUAUUUAUUACAAUGAUACGAUAGAUGAAUAGAUAGAAUUAUAAUUUUAUAACAACAUGUCAACAUUUACAAUUUAAAAAAACAAAAAAAAAACCAAAAUGCAGCAGGGUGAAAUGAAAGAGUUUGUUCUCUGACUUUGAGAUCAACAGGAAAAGAAACCAGAGUUUGCUGAUUGUGUCUCUCUGAGGACCUGAGAUACUAGUUUCAUGUGGGCGUGUUGACUUUGUUUUGAGUCUGAGGGCGACCUGCUGGAAGCUGUGACACGUCUGCUGCGUUAGAUAGAAAACAGGCUUUAAAUCACAUACAGAUGAAAUUUGUGCCACAUUUGGAUGUAAAUUUGACUCGUCUGACUUUCUUUCUUAUAAUUCUGACUUCAUUUCUUUUAAUCCUGAUCGACUCUCUCAAAAUUGAACUUUAGCUCCUGAUAGAAAUAAACCUCCAUUAAAAAAAUCUG